AUGCAGAGACUUCAAUACGGUCCUCAGCAACAGCUGCCGCCGCCGCCGCCGCAGCAGCAGCAGGAGCGCCAGUCGGCUACUGCGGAAGCGGUCGAUGUCCCUUACAGCGAUGCGAAUAUAGCGAUGGUGCUGUCGUUAUCGCCAUUCUCAGAGUUUUGCAAGCUGCGCGACAACUGGACCGCCAAGCCGCUGAUCCGCGGCCGCUACAUCGGCAUGUGCGGCGGCGAUCCGGCGCAGCGGGAGCGGCGCGAAGACUUCGAGCACAUUACACUCACGUCCUCGCCUUCCGCAUCUACCCAUGCCUUUGGCGGUGGUGCACGCCGCCACACCGUGUGGGGGCAAGUAGAGGCAUACAGCCGCUCCGCAGCCGGCAAGACAAUAGACCCAGCGCAACAGCGGACGCCGCUGGCGCUGGAGAAGUCGAUGCACUUCCUUGUCGAGCACUACCUGCGCGUGCCGCACACACACCUCGUCUACACGGAAGCUUUCCGCAUCUGGGGCUACCUGUGGGACAGGUUUCGCGGGAUCCGCACGACAUGGGGUCCUCAGCUGCCCCCGAGCAACGUUAGCCUUCACGGCUACGUGGACAGUGAAACAGGCCGAAUGCUCCCCAUGGAAGAACUGCACUGCGAGAGCUAUCGUCGCGUGCGCUGGCUCGAGUUCACCGUCGCCGCACUGGCUGUGGGCGGGGCGUACCUCUGCUGCUCCCCCGACGGCUGCCAGCGGUUCAUGCAGGACAAGAAGCAGUUUCUCGAAUCCAUGUCGCAGUGUUUCACCGACCUGACCGUCUUCUAUCGGGCAGAGCAGCGGCACCGCAACGCCGAGCUCUUCUCUGUGCUACUGCUGCUCUACGGCCUGCAACAGGAGCUGAAGGUCGAGGACCGCUCUUCGUUUUGUCGCUUCUACACCGUCAUCGUGAACGGUGAGCCUCGCCUGUGUCCAGAGAGCGCGUCGGAGAGUGUCAACCUCGCGCAGGUGUACCGCGAGCUGGAGAAGCAGCCGUACAUGCUUGAGACCGAGCCGGUACGGGUGGUCCUGGAGCUCAUCCACUUCUGGGCAGCGCGGCAGUGGUUCCAGUUCUUUUCAUUCUGCAAGUCAGCCCGCAUGACACCGCUGCAGCGCGCCGUCGUCUUCCAGUCCUUCACCUACGGUCGCUACCGCGCUGUGCUGGAUCCCUUGUGCCAGAUCCUGAAUACGCAUAUUGCGGUAGAAAUCGGGAUCUUCUGCAUAGAGAUCGGGUAG